CUUUAUCAGGAAGAAGAAAACCGCUAUGUAGCCAAACUGCUUAGGAGAAACGAGCAACGUUUUAGCGACUGUAGUAUUUUUAUUAAAGAAAAAUUAAAGCGUCGGGGCGAUAUAGUAUAAACUCGAUUUGAAUAUGAAAGUGAGAUAACUAGCGUGUAUUUGUUGUUAAGAGCAGAAAUGGAGAAGCAGUCGCGUCUGUUGUGUUCUGAGCUGUGCGUUCAGCGCAGACCGUAUGAGGUUACGUUAAACUGCGCGAUUCUCGCGUGGAAAGACAGACAAAUCGCCAAAAAACACACCGGACGCGCCAUAUAUGGAGCUGUCAAAGCGGGUAGUCACUGCGUCCCGGUGUGCGAGAUUAUAGCCGUUCAGGAAAAGGAAGAUGACUCUCCUUGCAAAGACACUGGAAAAUGGCAGAAGGUCCCUCAGAGCCCAGCAGACUCCUGCCAGCACGCUUUCACAGUGUACUAUGUAGAGAGGACGAGGCAGCGCUGCUGGCGGUGCAGCAACGUGACUUUCCACUGCUCUGAACAUUCCCUGUGUCUGCUCUGGGUCCAAACUAUAAGGGAACAACUUGCACUGCUGACCAAUCGACCGAAGAGCUUGCUAGUGUACAUCAACCCCUACGGAGGAAAACAACGUGGGAAGCAGAUUUACGACCACAAAGUGGCCCCCAUCUUUUCCCGGGCUUCCAUUUCCACCGACGUGAUUGUUACGGAGCGCACAAAUCAUGCCAGAGACCACUUGAAGACAGAGGCUGAUCUGAAGAAGUAUGAUGGUGUGGUGUGUGUCGGAGGUGAUGGCAUGUUCAGCGAGAUUAUGCAUGGCCUCGUCUCCCGUACGCAGCAAGAAGCAGGUGUGGAUGAGAACUCCGUGGAGGAGACCCUUAUGCCGUGUGGGGUUCGCAUCGGCAUCAUUCCUGCGGGUUCGACCGACUGUAUAUGCUACGCCACAGUUGGCUCAAAUGACCCCGUCACCUCAGCACUGCAUAUCAUCGUGGCGCCUAGCACGGGGUCCCGACGGCAUCAGCAAUGCAUCCUGGCUUUUUCUACAGGUGAUUCUCAGCCAAUGGACCUCUGCUCGGUGCACAACGAAGACGGCUUCCUGCGCUACUCUGUCUCACUGCUGGGUUACGGGUUCUACGGAGAUGUGUUGACCGACAGCGAGAGGAAGCGCUGGAUGGGCCCUGCCCGUUAUGAUAUCUCAGGUGUUAAAACAUUUUUGUCACACCGCUACUAUGAGGGAACGGUGUCUUUCUUACCUGCUGAAGGGAACUUGGGAACUCCUAGAGACAAAAUGCAGUGCCGAACUGGAUGUAGUGUCUGUCGGCAAUCCUCUUCUGACAAGCUGGUCAGCAAAAAUGAAGACAGCGUUUCCGAUGCUGAGUGUCAGGACACUUGGACCGUCAUCAGGGGAAAGUUCUUGGCCAUCAAUGCCGCCAGCAUGAGUUGCGCGUGUCCUCGAACUCCUAAAGGCCUGUCGCCGUCGGCGCACUUAGCAGAUGGAACAACUGACCUCAUCCUCGUCAGGAAGUGCUCCCGACUCGACUUCCUGCGCCACCUGCUGCGCCACACCAAUAAGGACGACCAGUUUGAUCAUUCAUUUGUGGAGGUGUACCGGGUCAGGCGGUUCCGAUUCGCCCCCAGAUAUCAGGAGUGUGAUUCUGAAGUGGACCUGAGAGAAAGCGGAGCGACGGGCAAGCGAUUUCUGAGUCAGAUCUGCAGGGAGCACAGAGCCUGUGGCUGCAUGCCGUCCCAGAGCAACUGGAAUUGCGACGGCGAGAUCCUCCCACACACUGCCAUUCAAGUCCGGGUCCACUGCCAGUUAAUCAAGCUGUUUGCGAGAGGCAUCGAAGAGCAGCCUGUGUUUGAGGACCCGUACGCUCACUGUGCAAUAUAGAUCUCUACUCCACUUAAAAAAAAAAAAGAAAAUCCAGCUGGAUCAUUAAGGAUUGAGAUUCUCCGAAUGGAAGAGUCACCUUCAGCUCAGCACACCGUCGUGCUGUUUCUUAUAUAACCCUCGUGAAGAUGCGUUGAAAACGCGAAGCUGGAGUCAACCGCAUUUAUGUAGGCUGCGUUAGAGUUGUGUAAGAUAGGAUCAGCUGUUUCGGCUAGGCAUUAGCAUUGCUGAUUUUUCAUUGCAAGUCCUUGAAGUUGCUGGCGGUAUCUCUUGCUUGCAACUUCCAGUUGUCGGCGUUUGUCUUCCACCACGAUCAAGCUGGUCUUGAGAGUAGCGUUAAUUGAAUUCCAAAGUCAGAUUCCUGGAACUGUGAAAACUCUGGCGUGUUGAUGAAAACAUUCCUCUUGGCUGCACCUUCACUGUUUUUUUUUUUUGUAAAGCACAUGAGGUGGUCACCUGAUGAAGUUAUCGGUAUCCAAAAAAGUUUGUGGGUUAAGUAGGUCGUUCAAAAAUUGAAGCUUGUUAACAAAUUUGAGUUAAAUUCUUCUGUUAAACAUAAAAGUUAUAUAUUUUGAAGGAUGUUGGUAACCGAACAGUAGCUGGUUGCCAUUGAUUUCCGUAGUGUGUGGGAAAAAUACGAUAAAAGUCACUUCCUCAACUAUUCCUUUAAAAAGGUAGCAUGAAAAAAGUAACGUAUGGCAUAUAGACAGUGAAGCCUGCAUUGAGUAACAUUUACACGUGAGCUGUACAUAUUAUGCAAAUGGCACUUCAGAUCAGUGUAAAUCCUGUAAAAACGUACCCCUUUGACCAAUUCUAAUGUAUCAUUUCCCACUCUUAUCACGGUCGGUUUUGUUUUCCCGACAUUUCGCGCAUGGAAAUGCAGUAUUAGUGAGCUAGACGCUGACAGCUACACGGUGUCACUGCAGGGUCAGUGUACGUACGGCUGUUCAUCAGGCGGAAUGUAAAUACUGUAGCGUUCUUUUCUGUGUCGUCUUCUUUGGCGGCACCCCCCGAGAAUAUUUCCUCCCUUUUAUAAUGAAUUUUUGCGUUUGCGUUUCUUAUGCUGAUGUCUUAUUUCUCACGAAAGCUCUUAUUGUUCCUGCGGUAUCGAAGAAUGAAGGAGUUUAUGAUAGACAGAGAAAUUGCAUAUCGCUUGUUGUGCAUGUCAGCUGCUUUAAUAUGCAAUUUUUAAAAUGUUUCUUUGAGCUGUGCUUGUUAUUGAGGGCGUGGAUUUCCCAUGAUGCAUCUGAAGAAGCAACACAACUUCUGGAGCCGUUACAGGGAAAACAUUGUUUGUGUCUUUCAGAGACUGAAAGAUUGCAGGGAAGCUCAUUUUUACCACAUAAAAAAAAUGCUUUGGUAAAUUAUAAUUAUGUCAUAAUUGGGUCAUUAGCUGUUAUUAAAAACUGAAAUAAAAAAAUUAAAAUGCAAAAAU